AUGAUAUGCCCACCAGAGCGGAGUUCUUGCCUUUUUCCACGCCUAUCGACUACCACUAUUAUGGAGAAGUCGGUAGAUGAACACGUCGAGUUCCAAGAGAAGCCCAACCACAAGGGUAAUGCCCUGGAACAAGAUGCCCUCUAUCAAGCCUAUGCCUCAAAAGGCCAAGAAUGGCAUCAAGCUAUGACAAAGCGUCUACUUCGAAAGGUUGAUUGGCAUCUACUACCAUUUCUGAUCCUGAUGUACCUUUUGAAUUUCUUGGACAGAAAUAACCUGUCCCAAGCCCGCUUAGGUACUCUCGAAGAAGAUCUGGGUAUGGGAGGUACCGAUUACAACCUUGCGACAAGUAUUCUCUUUGUUGGGUAUCUGUUGAUGCAGCUUCCCUCCAAUUUGAUUCUUACUCGAGUGCGACCCUCACUAUUUUUGGGUAUCGCAAUGGCAAUUUGGGGCAUUAUCUCCGCCUGUCAGGCGGCCAUCACCUCAUUUUCAGGGCUGAUUGUUACGCGAUUUUUCCUUGGCUUUGUCGAAGCGCCGUUCUUCCCAGGUGCUGUCAUGUUGAUGUCAAGUUGGUAUACCCGACAGGAGCUCAGCCAUCGUAUUGCCUGGUUCUAUGCCGGAAGCUCACUAGCCAAUGCUUUUGGUGGUCUUAUCGGCGCGGGUGUCCUGGGUAAUCUCAGUGGAGCACAGGGGAUUGCCGGUUGGCGAUGGUUGUUCAUUAUCGAGGGUUGCAUCACCGUCGGAAUAUCCCUACUUGCGACUAUAUUCCUUCCCAAUUAUCCUGCUUCAACGUCCUGGUUGGACGAAGAGGAGCAGGCAUAUGCGCAAUGGCGACUUAUGCACGAUGCAGGAGAAGCCGAUGAGGUCGGUUCAACGAGUAUCAAGGAGGAUUUAGCCUUGGUAUUCGCAGACAAGAGAAUUUACCUUUUCAUUCUCCUGCAGCAUGUCUCGCUGCUAUCCCAGAACUUCCAGUAUUUCUUCCCGACCAUUGUGCAAACCCUGGGAUACGGCAAUGUCGAAACCCUUUUGAUCACUGCGCCCGUGUGGAUUGCGACCUUCUUUAUCUCGCUGCUAGUCACAUGGACAUCAGGCAAGACGAACGAUCGCAGUAUACAUAUCAUCUGCUUGAUGAUGGUCAGCGUGGUAGGAGGUAUCAUUUGCACUGUCACGACCAACAUCGGCGCCAAAUUUUUUGCCAUGUUCCUGAUGCCCAUGGGAGCCGUGUCUGCGUAUCAAAUCAUCAUCGCAUGGGUGGCCAACUCGUUCGCUCGGCCAUUGGUCAAACGAUCUGCCGCGAUUGCUGUUGCGAACAUGAUUGGCAACACUGCCUCGAUUUAUGGCAGUUAUAUGUGGCCAUCAUCUUCCGGGCCUCGGUACAUUCCUGGAGGAAGUGCGACCGCUGCAAUCGCCUUCUUGGUUGCGGUGCUUGCUUUCAUCAUCCGCCUUGUUCAUGUCAAUAUGAACAAACGAUUAGACGAGGAGGAGAAUUCAGAAGUUCAAGCCACCGGUUUAAACGACCUGGAAACCCGUGUUGUUGGAUUCCGCUAUAUCUUGGCCUCCAAAUCACAGUACACCCUUUCAAAGGAUCCUACUCAUCGCCACAAGUCAGCCUCUUCUUUUACAUCGAUUCCAGUUUUGGACUUUUCUCAAGCAAUAUCCGACAAGCCGGUAUUCUUAGAAGCCCUCCGUGAGGCUCUUGUGAACGUGGGCUUUUUCUAUCUCCGAAAUGCUCCCAUUCCAAGGGAGAUACAAGAAGAAUUCACCGAAAGGGCCUUGGAGCUCUUUGAUUUACCACUGGAAAAGAGACUCGAGAUUGAAAUGGUGAACAGCCCGCAUUUUUUGGGCUAUUCAAGACUCUGCGCUGAGAUCACAGCCUUAAAGCUCGAUCACCGGGAGCAAUUUGACUGGCCCGAUGAAAAGGCAGUACCGGGGUUUCGAAAGGCAUUUGACGACUAUCUUUCCGAAGUGAGCGGUCUGGCCGAGCUGUUCCCAAGCUUGAUCGCUGAGGCAUUGGACCUCCCGUCAAAUGCUCUGGAGGGGGUAUUCGACAAGCCCCAGCAGCAUAAACUCAAACUCAUCAAGUAUCCCGCGCCCACAACAACAAACGACGUGGAAUCUGGCUUUCAGGGUGUUGGGCCUCAUAAAGAUUCCGGAUUCCUCACCUUUCUACUACAGGGGACCCCUCACCAUGGCCUCGAGGUACAGAACAAGAAUGGAACAUGGAUCUCUGCUCCACCAGUCCCUGGUACACUGGUCGUCAAUAUCGGUCGGUCGCUGGAGGCUCUGACGGGAGGCAUCUGUACCGCCACGACUCAUCGCGUGAGUCUGCGGCCAGAGAAUUUCGAAACUAGCCACGGCUCCUUAGGACCUCGUUUUUCGUUCCCUGUCUUCCAGGGGGUGAGUCUGGACCUUUCGGCCGACAAGAUCUCGUUGCGAAUUCCCGACUCAAUCCGUUCCUUGGUCAAGGAUGAUAAGGUUAAAUCGGAUGCUGAGGCGACUUUCAACGAGAUGUUCAAGGGGUGCAUUGGCGAAGGCACAUUCGUUGCUCGGGUGACCAGUCAUCAAGAUGUCGGGAAAAGGUGGUAUCCAGAGGUUUUGGAGAAAGCGUUGAAGGGUCAAAAAGACUUCCUGGUUUGA